CACUUUGUAUAACCCAAUUCGACGUCACACAUGGCAGAUCGUUCCUUUAUCAGAAACAGUUUUACAUUUGUAGCUCUGAGCACUGCCCUUGGAAUCGUUGACAUACGCUAACUAUAAAUGUGUUCCUGUGUUCGUCUUAUCUAACGUAAGAGCUGUUGAGAUGGGUUGGUGCUUUAUCUUUCACUUAAUAUACGGAAUCAGCAAGGUUAUAGAUGUUAGUGGAGGGGGAACGGGGCUGGUUCGCCUCCUUGAUUAUUCUAGCACCACAGUCCAGGACACAACAGGUGCUACUGUCGACGUUUGUGUCGGACCAACAGUGCAGAAAGUGGAUUCACAAUGUUUGUGUGGCAGAACAACUGUAAAAUUGGAUCAACAAUCCGACUUCAUUUUCUUCCGUUUCAAAUCCGCGACGAACGGGUUGGUGGUGAGUGUAGGAGAGUUGGACUAUGACAGGGACACUUCUGGCGACAAUGAGGAAUUAUCCGAUCUCACCUUUUCGAUGGGACCUCCUGACUCCAAAAGUAGUGUACGCACCGAAACAGCGAGUAGAGAAAGAACUAACAUCAGCAUAGCGUACAUACUCGCUUGUGACGAGUAUUACUACGGCGACUGUUCAACGUACUGCCGACCCAAAUACCCAAUGUAUGGCUGUGACAGAGGAGGGCAGAGGACAUGUCUGACAGGUUGGAAAGGUGGCCGUUGUGACGUCAGAGAUGAUACCUGUGGGACCAAUCCCUGUCGCCAUGGUGGAACGUGUACCAACAUCCCACACAACCACCACUUCUGUAUGUGUACAGCAGAGUGGACAGGACAUAACUGUGAGACACCAGUACACGGCGCCUGGACACCCGACGUCAUCAUGAUAGCGCCUUAACCCCUGGACGUCAGCAUGAUAGCGCCUUGACCCCUGGACGAUCGAACGUGGUGUGCCUCUACAACUACUUUUUGUAUGUUGACAAAACAAUAAUUGUAAAAGUUAAAACAAAUGACGUGA